GUAAAGGAAGGGGAUUGCACCUGUUAACAGUAAGGAUAUAGGAGUAUCAGCAUGAUGAGAACUCUAAUUUUAUUCUGCUGCAUUGCAGUUGUGUACUCGGAGAUGGUAGCUAAAGGCUAUCCAGAACCGAUAUCCUAUAUUUGUGACUUCUCUGAGAAUUUAUGCAAUUUCCAUGGAAACAGCACUCUUAUGGAAUGGAAAAUAGUCAAUUCUACUACCGGAGAUUUAAAUCGAUUUCUACAAACUAAUGCAACAGAUACACUAGAUCAAAAUAAAUACGUUUUAUCAAGAUGUUACACAGUCACCAGUCCCAAACUCUGCCUCAGUUUUAGAUACAAACUGACAGGAAGUGACGUCACUAAGUUAUUUGUGAAGCAGAAAGGAGGUGAUAAAUACCAGACGUGGGAGAGUAAGAAAGAAAUGGUGAACCAAGGUUGGACUGAGAUUAAUAUAAACGUCUCGUUACUUCCUCUCCAAAAGGAAGUUCAAUUUCUGUUCAAAGCCAUCCUUGGUGGAGUUUCUGGAAAUACUGUUGGUAUUGAUGACGUCAUACUGGCUCCAUAUGAAUGCUAAGAUAUAAUGAUGCCUUUCUGGAUUUGUCUUUAUAUAUUUAGUUGUUAAAGAAAUACAUGUAAUUGAAAUAUGUUUUAUGCUUGUAAUUGUGUAAUUGUGUAAAUGAUAAGGACUGGAAACCGCACCCAGCUUGGUAUUGUAGCAUAUGAAAAUACACAUUUAUUUUUGACAACUGGAAGCAAGCCUUACAGUUUUCCCCUUCGCAUCGAGUUGUAAUAACGUAAUUUCCGGUAAGCAUAGCCAUGUUCUACCUUCCGAACACCCGAUUCCACCCUGCGACUGAGCUGGUAAACUCAGCAGAUUAUAGAAUAUCUAAUAUUGUACGAUUGCUAAUCUUUCCUAUUUCAUAAACAGUUCCAAUAUGAGUCUCCUCGUGAUGGCCAUUUUUAGAUUAGUUUGUAGAUUGUUGAGUGGUAUGAAAAAUGAUAGAUAUACUAAAUAAUUCAGAAUAAUAAUUAUUUCUAUAUAU